GGAAAAUAGACGAGAGAGGGGGUAGACUGAGGGCGGACGAUACUACUGGAGCAUUAAACGGUGGAGGAUAGAGACAGACUGGUUGGUUUGGGGACCGAGAGAGCCGCCGCCUGACUUUCUCCAGUCGCUCUAAGCUUGGAUCAAGAAGUAAACACUCACACAGACUGAGGAAGGCAACAGAGAUCUGGUAAAGAAGGGGUGGCUACAUGCACAGUUGUGUUUGUCUGUAGAAGACCAGAGUAUCAGAAGGAACCAUGAAUUUUGUGAUGAAGCAAGCCUUAGGUGGGGCCACUAAAGACAUGGGGAAAAUGUUAGGAGGAGAGGAGGAGAAGGAUCCAGAGGUCGUGAAGAAGAAGAAGGAGGAAGAGGAGGAGAGACAGGAGGCUCUGCGACAACAGGAGGAGGAGAGGAAGGAUAAGCACCGGAAAAUGGAGGCAGAAAGGGAAGUAGUACGACAGUCCAUCAGGGACAAGUAUGGCUUGAAGAAGAAGGAAGAGAAGGAGGCGGAGGAGAAGGCAGCCAUGGAGCAGGCCUGUGAGGGGUCUCUGACGCGCGCCAAGAAGGCCAUCCCAGCCGGGUGCGGAGACGAGGAAGAUGAGGAUGAGGAGAGCAUUCUGGACACCGUCCUCAAGUUCCUCCCUGGACCUCUAAAGGACAUGUUCAAGAAGUAAUGAACACAUCGAUAACAACAACAACACAUGGUUCGGUCCAGCCAGGGGGAGGGGGAGGAGAGAUCUGGGACUGGGGAGGGGCAGGGGGGGUAGAAGGGGUUCUUGCCAAACGGCCAUUCACUGCCUUUACAGAAGUAUUUGUUGUUUUCUUACUCUGACUAGACACAAUGUGGUUAUAUAUCUACCCACAGCUUUUCGUCGGUCUCUCAACCACCGACUAAGUUUAUGUUUUCUUUUUUUUCUCCACUUAUCUAACAUUCCAACAUUGCUAUAUAGAUCCACCGCACCAGGUAGAUGCAUUUGGAUUGGUUGGCCAUUGGUAUUAACUGGGGUAUGGAGUUUCUGUCCAGCCAUACAUUAGAGAGCAGGAUUCAAUACACCGUACUAAUGGACACUUCGAUGUGCAUUCCCGCUCAUGUGGUUGAAAAGCACUGCCAACAUGUAUCUGGAGAAGGAGCGCUUUUCUUUUCUUUUUUCACUGGCUUUUUCUAUUUUUAUAGUAAAUAAGCUACUGUAACUGUAUGGGAAGUGGAUAUUCUAUUCUAGGUCUUUUUGAGAUCAGCAGUUUAGUUAGUUUAGACUUUGCCUUUAUAGAACUUCCUCCACCAGGGGAACUGUUAAUGAGGGUCUCAUUGAAGUCAUUUGAUGAUAUCAUUUAACUUUGUAAUAUGCUGUUUGUCUUAAAAGGAUGCAAACAUGCCACAUUAUGACGUAUGUAUUUAAUGUUAGUCUGACUGUAUGAAUAGAGCUGAUCCAAUGCCUUCUUAUGCUAUGAAACAACUAAGGCAAGUGGAAUAUUUGAUUUCCCUUUAAAUUCCUGACUAAUAUAAAACAUCUCUCAUUUUCUCAGAUUAAAUAUAAGAGAUUAUCCGCCUGGCAGACUGCAUUUUGUGAGAGAAACCAUUUUUGCUUAAUGUUGCAUUAUAAACAAAAAUCACCCCGUCAACAUUAUACACUCAAAUUAUCCAUAGAAUACACAAGAUUCACAUUCAACAUUAUACACUCAAAUUAUCCAUAGAAUGCACAAGAUUCACAUUUAACAUUAUACACUCAAAUUAUCCAUAGAAUACACAAGAUUCACAUUCAACAUUAUACACUCAAAUUAUCCAUAGAAUGCACAAGAUUCACAUUCAACAUUAUACACUCAAAUUAUCCAUAGAAUACACAAGAUUCACAUUCAACAUUAUACACUCAAAUUAUCCAUAGAAUGCACAAGAUUCACAUUCAACAUUAAACACUGAAAAGAUUCACAUUCAGUGUAGAGAAGAAGAAAAAUACGCACAGUUCUAUGAAAAUGAUUUAGUCAGCAUCAUAUUUAACAGUUGGUGAUUAGUGCAGUCCAAAGACAAUCAAACAUGAGCACUGCAUUACAGUGAAGGAAGCCGAUACUACGUAUGUCCUCAUUUCACUACCCACCUCCCAUACCACAUGUCUGUUUUACACAAGGUACUCGUUUAACAAAUUAUUUUGGAGGCUAUUAUGAAAUAGUAAGCAAUGUUAAAUGUAAUUUAAACGUUUUAUUUAUUUAAUAGUUAAUCAAUUCCUUCAUAAAUUCCAUGUUAUCCUGAGAGACAAUUUCAUUGGUAGUGUUUUAAUCAUUAAUAUCAAGUCCAAAGAUACUGAAAAAACAUGAUCAUUUAUUUCGUCCCCACUAACUAAGGAAAUUGUCCAGAAAUAAGGAAGUGGUCCAGUCUUGUUGAUUUCAGUAGGAAUAGGCUGGCAACAAAUAGUUUUUAUGAAGACAUUGAUGUCAUUUUGGGAUACACUUUCCAAAGACCAAACCCUGUGAAGUUUUAUUGUCAGAAAUUCUCAUAUUUUUCAUAUAACGUACAUGGCUAGAUGACAUUGAAGACUGAUAUAUUCGAAAAACGAAAAUAAACAUUUAAAUAAUCACAGGUUAUGAGUAAAUUAUUCGUAUCUUUUUUUUUAGGUCUGAUAAGCUUUUUCACUAGGUAAAGGCAUAUUGUUUAGACUGUAAUAAUCACACAAAAAAAACUCUAACAAUUAUAAUUGAAUGUUGAAUUUUUUUUUUCUGUAAAGAAAAAAAGUGCAGUUCCGUUACUCUAUCUACCUAUUUGUCUAAACCCUUCUCACCAACUGUAUCCUAAUGUGUACAAUAUACAAGUGUAUACGCAAAGAAAAGACGAGGAGAAAAUGA